CGGCAGAGGAUCUCCGUCCCAGCAUCCUCAAUCAUCAUUCUUUCCUCGGGUCACGAGUUGAGCGAGACAUUCACCUAGAGAGUUCAGGAAAUCUGCGGAACUGGGGGAGAUAUACCAAUUCAGCACCGGUCUCAAGGAGAUGGAGUGCAUAGAAGAUAUGUUUCCGGUCGUGGACUCCACCCGGCACGACCGAGAUUACCCGGCCAUCAUACACCGAAAAAGGGACAGAUGUGAAUUGAACGGGACGGCAUCACUGAGCAGGGAGGAGCGUCGGCGGCGGAGGCGUGCCACGGCCAAAUACAGAACAGCUCAUGCAACGCGAGAACGGGUUCGCGUCGAGGCGUUCAACGUAGCUUUCAGCGAACUGCGUAAGCUGCUGCCGACCCUGCCACCGGACAAAAAGUUAUCCAAGAUAGAAAUCCUGAAACUGGCCAUCUGCUACAUCGCCUACCUGAACCACGUCUUGGACGUCUAGCCCGAAGAAGGGCCUGCCGACCGGUCGUGGCCCACUUUCGACUUCUAAACUCAAUCCGAGCUCGUUCUCGAAUCAAUAAUCACGUCUUUUCCGAUCAAUAUGGCCGAUUUGCAGUGACGAAUUUGUCUGGUUUCAAAUUUCUGAUGUAUAGCGUAAAGGGAGAAGACUGAAAAUUUUACCAAUUCCUUGAAUGAUUGGUGUUAACUAUGUCAACUAAUGUGUUUCGUUAAUCUAAUCUUUGUAAAAUAUAGUAUCGUACAUAAAGUAACGGUAAGUAAGUGCAACGGAUUCUGGCCAAAUUGCGCUUAAUAAACCAUUAAUGGGUGCUCAUGGUUACUUGCAAACUGCAGUUCUGAGGGAUUUCAAGUGAUCAAAUAAAUCAAGUUUUUCCCAUUAAUUUUUAAUGAAAAUUGAUUUCUUGCUGUAUUGGUCGAGCCUCACUGCAGAUCAGCCCAAAUGAAAUUUGGACGAAAGUACAGAGUAACUAAUCUUUUUAUGUAAGAUUU